UUUGACGGCGGUCGCGCUGCUGUCAGCCCUGCCAAGGGUGUUUUGAUAUAGCGUCUUUCCUCGGUAGCAUGACCAGCACAUCCAUGGACAUGGUGUUUAGAUAUGAAUUGGACGUCUGGGGUGACAUUUGUCGCGAGUUCCUUACCACGGAACAGUAGCCUGACAUAUGUAGGUCUAUCCUAGAUUUGAUGCUAGUCGCCGUUGGCUCCACUCGGCCAUGAUCAGCGGCAACUGGGUUGACAGAGCGUGGCCAAGAUUCGCCGAAUUUCCGGGGCCUCCGGGAAUUCUCCAUCCACUGUGGAGUACUGCACAAGUCUGUUUGGACGAGUGCCCAACGACAGGACAUUGCUGUAGCCGAGACUGUUCAAUGGUCGUUCCGGAGUGUAUGACAAGACCUUGGCUGAUUUUAGCGUACACGUUUCAGCUGAGCAUAGCCACUCAAUGCCUUGUUCUGGGGUCUGUGCUCUUUCAUGGCAUCCUGACCGGGUCCAUAAUAUGGCUGUGCCACAUGCAAAAGCCACAUCUCAGGUGCUGCACUGACUGUUCAGAUCAUGUGAAGUGGGUCCCUGACCUCAAUGGACAUAGUAACCUGAAAAUGUUUCGUAGAAGGUUUGACUCCUACCUAUUCUGGGCCUGACCAGCUACCCCUUGAAGUUUUUCACUAUUGUUAUUGUAUUAAACAAAUGUCAGCGUCUACAUACUACGCUAUGUGUAAGAAUUGGUUAAAGUAAUA